UGAAGGACCAGCACUAGUUGGAUGCACAAUGAGAGCAAGACACAGCUUCUCGCUCCAAGGAUUCCCUUUCCAUCUGCAUGAAAAAAGAAAGGCAAAGGACUAACCUGAGUGCAGCCAGAGAGAUCUAAGUAGAUGAUCUUGUGACAUCCCUUUCCAGAGCCCAGCUCAGGAGUUCCAUCUUCUAUAUCUGAGAACUGUAUUUCAAGAGAAAUAUUUCACUGUUGCACAGGAAAAUAAGGGCCAGCUGGAUGUCAGAAUGCAAGUUGUUACCCUUAUCUUGUUACUCCUUUUUUGCAAAGCAUCUGAAUUUCGGAAAAUAAAAAGAAACAACCGAGGAAACAAUGACAAAUCUCACAGCUCCAAGAAAGUUUCAAGCACUGUGAAACGCUAUGCUCCGGGAUUACCUUGUGAUACAUAUACACAUCUUAAUGAAAAAUACUUGGACUGUCAGGAGAGGAAGCAGACAUCUGUCCCACAGGACUGGCCAGAAGACCUGAUCCACAUACUGCUGGCCAGGAACCAGAUCCGUAUAAUAAAGAACAAUGCCUUUUCUAAGUUUCAGAACCUUAAGAGUCUGGAUUUGCAGCAAAAUGAACUUAGAAAAAUUGAGAAACAGGCCUUUUCAGGUUUGAAAAAAUUAUCCACUCUUUUAUUGCAACACAACCGCAUUAAAAUCUUGUCUGAAGAAGUGUUCAUACAUUUGCCUCGGCUCACCUAUCUACGGCUUUAUGACAAUCCAUGGGACUGUAACUGUGAGCUGGAGUCUCUGGUGACUCUGCUACAAAUUCCCCGUAACAGGAAUUUUGGAAAUUAUGCCAAGUGUGAGUCACCAGUUGAGUUUAAAAAUCAGAAGCUAAAGGAGAUCACACCCCAAGUCAUUUGCCAAGAAGAAGAUGAAAAACCUAAACUAUUAGAAGGAACUAAACCUUCUAGACCAUCUGUGCAUUCAACACUUUGUUAUACAUAUCUUUAUCCAAUAACAACACUGGACUGCAGAAGAAAAGAAUUACAGCAAGUCCCAGAUGACAUUUCUUCAGACGUCAUAAAACUAGAUCUUUCCAACAAUAAAAUCAAACGACUACAAUCAAAAGAGUUUGUAGAUGUUCCAAACCUGGAGAUACUAAACCUAAGCAAUAAUGGAAUGGAAAUCAUAGAUCCUGCUGCAUUUUCUGGUCUCAUGCAUCUCCAAGAAUUGGAUCUAUCAGAGAAUAACCUUUCCAACUUCCAGUAUGGAGUCCUGGAAGAUCUGUACUUUUUGAAAAAGCUGUGGCUCAGAGACAACCCCUGGAGGUGUGACUACAACAUUCAUUACUUAUUCUAUUGGCUAAGGCAUCACCACAACGUUAACUACAAUGGUUUGGAAUGCAAGGACCCAGAAGAGUACAAAGGAUGGUUUGUUGGGAAAUAUGUCAGGAGUUAUUAUGAAGAAUGUCCUAAUGAAAGAUACCAAGUACAUAUUGCAGUUGAUGAUGAUGAAUGGGAGCAAAUUGAGGGUGCUAAAAAGAACUCAAAACAAACUGAUUCUACAGAAAAACGGGGUGUCUCACUAAUAGUGCUAAGUUAAAUCACUGGGUUCAUUUAUGUGCAGUACCAUUUUUUUUUUUAACAAAAUUAUGUUUAUACUUUACAUUGUCAUUAAAAUACUGGAAAUAUU